UGAAGGCGCAGCUUACACUUCGCAGUCCACUGCCACUGCUUUAGUAAGAUGGCUACCAUGUUGUCUCGGACUAUCUCACUCAUUGAAAAUUUCACCCGUUUCAACGGGUCGAAGAUAUUGGGAUGCAAAACAAACUUAGUAAAGCAACCAGUCAGGAACUUAAAUGUUCACGAACACAUCAGUUACAGUCUGCUAAAUGAAGCUGGAGUACCAACUCCUAAGUUUGGAGUUGCUAAAACUCCAGAUGAAGCUGCAAAACUUGCUGCUGAUUUAAACACCAAAGACAUUGUUCUGAAAGCACAAGUUUUAGCUGGUGGCAGAGGGAAAGGCCAUUUUAAGGGGACUAGUAUUAGUGGUGUAAAGAUGUGUGAAACGUAAGUUAUUUUAUAAGGGGGUAGGAUAUGCAAUGCAGUUAUGGUAACACAGAGAAUGUUUCCUCGCAAAGAAUACUACCUUGCAGUCAUGAUGGAAAGAGCCUUUGGUGGUCCAGUCAUAAUAGCUUCAAGUCAAGGUGGUGUAAAUAUUGAAGAAGUUGCUGCAACAAAUCCUAGUGCUAUUAUGUAUGAACCCAUUGAUAUUCAUAAGGGUAUUACGAAAGAGCAGGCCGAGCGCAUUGCUGUUAAGCUUGGUCUUCAAAAUGUUAAAGAUUACAUUUCUAAUAUCAUUAUAAAUUUGUAUCAGAUGUUUCUUAAAAAAGAUGCCCUUCUCUUAGAGGUAAAUCCUCUUGCUGAAGAUAUUAAUGGAAAAUAUUUCGCUUUAGACUGCAAGUGUAGAUUCGAUGAUAAUGCAGAAUUCAGGCAAAAAGAACUAUUUUCCUUGAGAGAUUGGACUCAAGAAGAUCCUAAAGAAGUUGAAGCUGCUAAAUUUGACUUAAAUUAUAUUGCACUUGAUGGUAACAUUGGUUGUAUGGUAAAUGGAGCUGGUUUAGCCAUGGCUACUAUGGAUAUCAUAAAAUUACAUGGAGGAGAACCAGCCAAUUUCUUAGAUGUGGGUGGCGGUGCGUCCACUUCUGCUGUGAAAGAAGCUUUUAAAAUAAUUACAUCUGAUCCAAGAGUUCAUGCUCUCUUAGUCAAUAUAUUUGGUGGAAUUAUGAGAUGUGAUGUUAUUGCAGAAGGUAUCAUAGCUGCAACUAAAGAACUUAGCUUAAAAAUUCCUGUUGUUGUUAGACUGCAGGGUACAAAUGUAGACGAAGCGAAAGCUCUUAUUGCAAACGCAGGUUUAAAAAUUGUACCAAUCGAUGAUCUUGAUGAAGCUGCCCGAGUUGCAGUUAAAUUAUCAACAAUUGUAAAAUUAGCACAAUCUGAAAAUCUUAGCGUCAACUUCGAAAUCCCUUCAAUUUCAUAAAUUUAGUAAAAAUUGUAAUUUAUAUAUUAUCCAGAGAAUUAUGAGGAUAUAU